UCCGGACAAGCGGGUCAAGCCGGCUAAGAUGGCGGCGCCCAGGGAGCCGCGUUGAAGGAAAGGAAGGGCAAGGCAGGACGGGCAGGCGCGUGCCAGGCCUCGGAGGUGGGGCGAGGUCAGUCCAGCCGCCGCUCGCGCUCCGUAGCAGCCUCGCGGGUUUUAGUAUCGGAGGAAGGCGGCGGGGCUCUCUCCUCUGCGUCUGCUUCCAGGGCUUUGGGAAGGUGACUCUUGGCCUCCGCGGUGCCUCGAAUCGAGGGAAAGGAUCAACAGAAGUGUGGCCUCAGCAGACAUGGCUUCGCCUGGCGCCUUCUGCCUGCAGAGGGCUUGGCCUCCCUCGGGAGUGUAGGGUUUCCUGAGGCAAGGAAUAUUCUUGAGCUGAUUUUGCCAACUCCUUCCUUAGAAAUGAUACAGCACCAGUAUUCAGUGGUGGUCUCCCAUCCAGAAAUAUUCUUCUAGCACCUCCAAGGAAAAAAAACCAUGCAGCAAUCACCGUACAAGUUUGCGUGCUUCUUUAGAGCCACCAAAGAAAGGGGGGUUACAUUUCAGCAGUUACACUUCCUCAAGCGCAUGUAUGUAAUAGAACAUAACAAAGCACUCUGUCAACGAGCAAAACUGAAGCCAGAAUCAGCUGCACCUCCUUGCUUUGAAGGACAACACUCAGUUCCAGAAAAAACAGUUUGCCACGUGGUGAGAUCAGUUUCACCUCUUCCGCCUCCUUUAUCUGAGAAAGCAACAGUGAGUGAAUCUGAAGUACUGAAAUCCACAGCAAUUACAGACAAUGGAAAAAUUGCAAUUGGGCCCACGUCCCAAGAGGAAAAACAGUGGAAAGAGAUGAAACUACAGAUGGAUAGUUUACCAAGCAUUUUGGCACGUUUGUCCAAAAUCAAACUUACAGCCCUGGUUGUAAGCACUGCCUCCGCUGGAUUUGCAAUGGCACCAGUGCCAUUUGACCUAAUCUGUUUCCUGUUCGCCUCCCUUGGAACAGGCCUGUCAUCAUGUGCUGCUAAUGCCAUCAACCAGUUCUUUGAGGUUCCAUUUGACUCAAAUAUGAACAGGACAAAAACCAGACCCCUGGUGCGAGGACAGAUCAGCCCUCUACUUGCCAUCUCCUUUGCCAUCUCCUGUGCAGUUCCAGGAAUAGCCUUGCUAACUCUUGGUGUAAAUCCUCUUACUGGAGCUCUGGGAGCCCUCAACAUUGUCCUGUACACAUGCUGUUACACACCACUGAAGAGAAUUAGCAUUGUCAACACAUGGGUGGGAGCUGUGGUUGGUGCCAUACCCCCAGUCAUGGGGUGGACAGCAGCAACCGGCAGUCUGGAUGCAGGAGCAUUGCUGCUGGGAGGGAUUCUCUACUCCUGGCAGUUCCCUCAUUUCAAUGCACUGAGCUGGGGCCUCCGUGAAGAUUACUCCCGAGGAGGCUACUGCAUGAUGUCUGUCACUCAUCCAGCAAUGUGCAGGCGAGUGGCUCUGCGUCACUGUUUGGCCUUAAUUGGACUCUCAUCCCUGGCUCCCAUCUUAGAUGUCACCACAUGGACCUUUCCCAUCAUCUCUCUUCCGAUCAACCUCUACAUUUCCUAUCUUGGCUUUCGUUUCUACAAAGAUGCUGAUCGUGGCAGCUCCCGGAAGUUGUUUUUUUGUAGCCUCUGGCACUUACCAAUGCUUCUUUUGCUCAUGCUCACAUGCAAGAAAACUUGGUAUGAAAAGGAUGACAAAAAAGAAUCCAUUAGCUGAGAACAUAUUAUGCUGAAGAAGUAAUGUUGUCUUUGUGGUAACUAUGAUUUCAGAAGCCCCAUUUCAGAAUGAUGCAUUUCAGUUACGUAAAGGGAUGAAGUUUAUGUUGAUCUGUUCAGAGAGUGUUUUAGGUCCAAUGAACACACAUUAUGAUUGUUUUCAAAUUAAAUGCUUAUUUGGGGAGACAAAUACGGCUCAGUCGAUUUGAUUUUUGUGAUGUGAUAUCCUUAUAAUAGGUUGGAUCCAACUGCACGCUUCCCCAUCCGCUUCUCCGCUUCACAAUGGGAUGAAGAGACCCAGCUGAAUGAAAUGAGUGGUGUUACGGGAGGCAAAGAACAUCCUUGCAAGUGAGAUAGAGGCACCUUCUGUGAGCAAGAGUGCUUUCAUCCAUGUAGUAAGUGGCCAAAUCUGCCACAGCUGAUCAUCACUGAUUGAUAACUCAUAGUUCCAGCCACUACAACCCGAUACCAGAAUUUUCUGUUCAGAGCAAUGACAGUCAUACGAGAACUGUUGUAAAAACACUCUAGUCCUUAUACGCUUAAUGCCAUUAACUCUUACUUGGGAAAAUGUAAUACUGUGUGGCUGGAAGAAAGCUUUCUCCGCAUCAGUGUAAAGAGAAAGGAUGCUACCAAUGGAGGUUCUGUUCAGCCCAGAUUGCACAUCACCACAGAACAAUGCAGUGCUUCCCAGCCAUGUUCACAUCCAUAAUCUAUUAAGCCUCUCCUCAGUCCCACUUGGAUCUAGAACAGUGGGCUCCUAAAAAAGGGGGG